ACAAGAUUGGAAGUGAACCGGUCUCUGUUUGAAGUUGCGUCAAGAGCAUGUAAGGAAAAGAAAAACCAAUUUUCCCUAUUGUAAGGUCUUUAGUCUGAGGUACAAUGCGGUCUGAGACAAUUUUAAGACUGCCUUUGUUUUUCAAGGUCAUUCUGCUGUUCGUAGUACAAGGGACGUGCGAUAAGGAAUUUGCGUUAACAGGUACAACUUUUCUUCAAGCACAGCGCGGAGAGUUGAUUACAAUUAAAGGUUAUUACAAAUAUUGUCUUACACCUUCGUUCUAUUGUCCGUCCUGCGUACGACAAGUGUAUCUGAAUCUCUUCAACAAAAGCAUCUGUCUUGCGUCCUUUGGAAAAGCGCAGCUGGACUGUCAGGAAAAACAUUUCUCUCAGCCAUUUACUACUCCCAAUUCUGGUGGUACCUAUGAAAUUAAGAUGGAAGAAAUACUGGAUUUUAGCUGUGUGCUAAGCCGAAAAUCAAACACCGGCCUAUCGCUUGGUACAGUUUUAGUUAAAGAACCACCCACCAUCAUCAACGUCUCCAGUUUUCUAUUUGAAGUUGUCACAGGAGAUUCCUUGACACUUCAAUGCUCCGCGCGCGGCUAUCCUUCACCAGCAGUCCGCUGGUACAAAGACAAUAAACUGGUCCAUAAUGAUACAAGUCUUGAGCUCUCCUCGAUCAAACAGUCCGAUGCAGGACUCUAUGCUUGUAAUGCGUCAAACGUCGCUGGGAGUGACUCUCGUGUUGUGGAGGUCCUGGUGAGAGCAAGGAGACCUACAGUACACCAGACCGUAUCAACAUACGAUGCCAACAAUUUGUUUCAAAAUGAUUCAGUAACUUUUACAGUAAUUUUAUCGCACGACUUGUGGUCGCGUGACACUGCCUUUAAUACAAUAUUGGUUUGGACUCUUCCUUACUACGCGAGUAUGCUGAAUCACGUGCCUUUGACAAAUGUGUCCAGUCCUUACCCUGGAGAGUAUAAUUUUAAGAUUGGAGAAAUUCAGCCCGGGUCAUCAAAGCAAAUUAACAUCACGGUCCAAAUUGAUCCUAAACGUGUGCUUUCUGUUGGAAAAUACUUCCUGUCUGUACCAAGCUUCAUUCUGUAUGAACAACGCAUGGCAAGUAAUGCUGCCAAGUUGUUCGUGGGCUCAAUAGAGUCCGUAACGCUUAACUUUACAGUGAGAGAAGAUGCUCAGAGAGGAUUUCUGUUGAAUCCAUUGUUUGACGAAGUAUACCUCUGCCAAGAGAAGAAAAGUGAUUUGAAACCUUCCUGUUACUUUUCAAAUGAUGGUGUUCAAUGGAUUGGGCUAGAUCCGCGAGUGAAAAUGAUUUUUGGGAUGACUGUUCGUGGAUCGUACAAAAGGAUUUUUGGCUUGGGAACAGAUAGUCGAUGUCACGCAGUCAGUAGGGAUGGCGUUACUUGGAGUUGCAUUUUGCCUGAGAAAUGGAAACGGGAAUCGUCCUCUAGGGAUUUCGUACCUGCUAUUUCAGUUCCUGAAAGGCUCAAGUCUGAUCUGCCCGAAAGCAAUUACAUUGCUACGAAAAAUGAUGGAACAGUCUCAUAUGGAGCAUCAGCGAAAGGUUUACACAUGAAGAUCAGAUCAGGAGUAUGGAACUUAGUAGCCUCUUGGGAGUGUCCAUAACAGUCGUAUCGUAGAAACUGUAAUGGAAAUGAGAAACUUGUUCAUGGCCUCUACAUAACGUCGUAGGUUUCAUAUUGUUUCUGCUGACCCUAUGUCUGGCAUUACAUGCACACCACUGGAAGUAUAAAGUGAUCUCCAAGCAAGUCCCUUUUCGCUUUGCGCGGUGAGACAAAUUCCUUUUGAAUCGGGCACACUUAGCAUAACUUUGUUAAAUCCUGCCACCUAAAAUUCUCGCUGGUGCAUCACAGUCCAACGAUGUUGGACCUAUACUGGACCAUUGUUAGGGUAUAACUUCACCUACGGAAAAAUACGUUGUAAAGGUAUCUUAUAUGGCCAUUUAUUUAUGUAACUUUACUUCAUAGGGUAAUCGUUACAGCAGAGUGACUUUUAAGCAACACAAUCUAUCACGGACUGAGCUAAGCCCACGGCUAAGGGUUCAGUCGCCAUUGACAAAAACUUACAGCAAUCUCUCUUAGAACCUUUAGGGUGUAUAAAACUUUCUAGGCAUACAGAAGUAGCGCUCCAUAGCUUCUCCAAACAGUCGGUCUCCGCUCUGCUGAUAACAACAAAGUUAUGUGGAUGACUGAUGCCUUAAGUACACUUACGACGCAUUCUAUAACAACUAGAAUAAAGACAAAACAGACUGUUCCACGGCGUGAUGACAUGUAAAAUACUUUACCAGAUUAAAUUUGGUCAGAAAUUGAAGCAUAAAAUAAUUUUAUCUACGAAUUUGACAAUAGGAAGUAUCUUGCAACUGUCCUGUAAAAUCUUUAAAAAUAAUUCAUAUUUACAGUACAGUUUGUCGUGCAUAUUCAUCUGAGACAUCCACCAAUUUCCUUAAAAACAUUAUCAAUCAAACAAAUUGCAAAAUCUAAUGUAGACAAGCUUUUGACCAGAUUGUUUACUUUGGCAGUUUGACAUGAGGUGUCAAACUGUCGAUCUUCGGGCCUAGAAAUAGCCAGUUCAAUUUCGUUCAAACAGUGCUUUUCAAACGAAAUAACUGACUUUGCAUUUUCGUUUUUGUCUAAGCGUUGCUUUAAAAAGACUAUUAUUUUGCCUUUAGAGAGCUUAGAGAGGCUGAAAUAUACAAAUAUAAAUUUGUUUGCAACUACAAACUAAUUUUCUUUCUUGUUGAAUUAUGGAAUACGCCAAUUAAAAUGUGCGGUAAUUUACUAUCAGGAAAAGGAGAUCACAAUGAUCAUAU